AGAACACCUGUGAGGCUUCUCAGGAUGACUCAAAUACUUUUUUGUACCCAAAGCUAAUACUGGGAUGUCUGGUAUGCACUGCUGCAGUUCACUUUCUUGGCUGUGGGAAGUUGCUCCCAUCAAGUUUGUCUCACUAAAACUUCAUUUUUUGCUGUCUGUAAAGAGCACACACUUCCAUUUAUGGACAGAGAGCUUUGAGUCAGUAGUUUUAGUCUCGGCAGUGUUACCCUCAGGCAGUAAGAAGAUUACUUAUUUUGUCCGCUUCUUUUUCAGGCAUCUAUUACGUUUUUGGGAAUAGCAACAGUGCAAGUAAUAUAAAUAAUUAUAUGUUACUAACCUGAGCCUUUACUGUGAUUUAAGCUCAAUUUAAGACUGUCUUUGGGGGUUACCUUAUUUGGCUCCAGGAAGUCUAUCCAAAAUUGGUGAGCUGGAUAAGGGCAUUUGGAGUAUCAGAAUCAGCUGAUAUACCAGUUUCAUGAUAGCGGUGCCUACCUACCUUACCUAUGCAGCACAAGCUUCCAUUGUUUAGCCAGUUUAAAAGAGACAACUUUGUGACAUAGUAAAGUCUAACCAAAGAUGUGGCCAUGAAACAGAAAUGGAACAAUUAUGAUGAAUUUAAAUGUUGGAAGUGUAAGCCAUUACCUAUACAUAAGCACCUGUGUCAUUAAUGCAGGUCAGUGUGAGUCGGGGUGAAAGAUAAGUGUAUCGCAAAGCCAAACAUUAGACCAGUGAUGAGAGACAUGCCAAGUACAAACAGACUCAGCUUAGAUAAGAAUGUUUUCUGCUGCUAAGCCAUCUGAAAGAAAUACUAUAUAAGGGCUCUAUGGUAUUUUCUGAGGGUAGAAGGAAGCCUUCUGUCACCCGGAAAUUUCAGGACACACAAACACACACUAAUCCCCUAUAGUCAGCCACCCAUUGCAUUCCAUAGAGCUCUUUUGUCUCCUAUUAGGGGCUAAGUGUUGCAGCUCUGCCUGUCUGUAGUUCAAGAAGGUGACAGCCGCUUAGUGGGAUGGUGAGAUGCACUAAUGAACGGCACUGCCCUAGCAAGAUUGGUCUCCUUCCUUACAAUAAGGCUUAUAGUAGCAAAAAAUGGUCAGAUGAUGCGUUCCAUGUGAAAGCAGAAGUCGGAAUUUCCUGAAUUUUUCAGUGUCCCCUCAAGUCAGAUUUCCAGCUCUGAACAUCGCAUCAACCAACAGCCUUAAUCAGCCCAACUUAACCAUCCAACAUGGAACCACUGUAUAUAAACAUUAGUAAAACUGUAAAACCUGUAAUCUGUGCUGCUACAGCUGUUUAUUUAUGACUCGCUACAUAAGCCAUAUGCAUAGCACCGGGCAGGUUCUGUCUGCGAAUGUGCUGCGGUGCUUUUAACACAAACAUUGCGCUGUGUUGUUACUGAUGCAUUAAUAGCUCUGCCUUGCUAAGAUAGAACAAAACAUUUUUUUGUGGUUUCGCAUUGUUUUGCAACGCCUUCAUGAAGAAAUCUGGAUGGAAGCAUAUGCUCUCCUAAAAACUGAACAUACCUUUCAGCAUUGAUUUGGUUUCCUCUGUAGUCUGGAGGAUGCAUCAUCCAAAAAGAAUUUAAAAUAUUUAUUUGUCCAACCAUAGAACAUGCUUUAUACUUUCCCUCGGUCCCUGGUUUAAUGAGCUUUGGUCCGCAGAAGGUAGACAGCAGCGUUUCUAGAUCAUAUUCACAUAUGGCUUCUUUGUAACCUGCAGAGUUGAGGGCACUGUGAACUGCAUUCACUAACAAUGAUUUUUCAAAACGUUACUGGAGCUCUACAGCGACUAGAAUCAUGCCUGUUUUACUGCAAAGAGACUUACAGAUGUCAUGUCUUCUGAUGUUUUAGAAACAUUUGUGUGUUCAAGCUGUUUGUGACAGUCAUGGUUCUGCCCAUUAAAAACCCAAUGCAAAAGAUUUGACCUCUGUUACCCCUGUACCCCCCUUCCUGUGUAUCUCUCUCUCUGUUCCUCAGUGUUACAUGUUCCACAUGUAUGUGGGAGUGCGAGCAGGUGGAGGAAUUGGUGACCAGAUCGAGGAUCCAGCUGGUGAUGAGUACGAAAUCUACCGGAUCAUCUUUGACAUCACUUUCUUCUUCUUUGUCAUUGUAAUCCUCCUGGCUAUCAUCCAGGGGUUAAUCAUUGAUGCUUUUGGAGAGCUGAGGGAUCAGCAGGAACAAGUGAAAGAAGACAUGGAGACCAAAUGUUUUAUCUGUGGAAUAGGUAAUGACUACUUUGACACCGUGCCACACGGCUUUGAAACGCACACUCUACAGGAGCACAACUUAGCCAACUACCUGUAAGUACGUCUGGAGAGUGUCUGUAUUUCUGUGUGUGUUAUUGUACCUUUUAACACCUACAUCAUCAUAGAUCAUCACACCUACAUAGUACACAGUCUUUCAGGUCAGUUAAUGAAAGAUAGGUACCCAAUCUUGGUGUACUUGGGGCUUGGUCCCCAAUCUCAGGUGGGCGAUGAUAUCUAUGAUAUUUGUCCUGGCUUGUUUUGUACCACAGCAUUUGUGUUACACUGAGGUGUGUUUCCACAUUAUUAUCCCCAGUGUUUGGACACUUAUUAUCCAGUUACAUACAUUUCAGUGUGGUAUUACUCAACUGUAACCACAGUUGUUACCAUGAUACUACUUGGAUAUUAAGUGCUUGUUACUUUGGUAAUUGAGUCCUAAUGACUUAGAAAUGACCACGUUACGUUCUUGUCUUUGCCUUGUUACCCUUCCCACUUUAUUACUGAGCUGUAAUAGAAAAUACAACCAAAAUUUCAAAUGUCUGUUGACUUUAAGCCUAAAUACAGUACUGUGUCUUAAGCCAGCCCUCAUUUCUUGGUAUAUUGGUUUAUGUACAAGUUUCUUAAAAUUGUUGUAAAGUCCAAGCUGUCAUUAGGAGAGAUGUGGGGCAAACCCUGGACAGGUUGUUAGUCUCUCAGAAGACAACAAUUCACAUGCACAUUCACAGCUAUGGCCAGAAUCACCAAUUAAGCUAACAAACAUGUCCUUCGAAUGUGGCAGGAAGCCUGAGAGAACCCACACAGGCAAGUUAAGAAUACACAACUGCCUCCAACCAGCAAGUGCCACUGUAACCUCUGGCACUGAUGCUGUGUGACUGAUAUAUGCAAUGAUAAUACUGUUUGUGUUU